GUUCUGACCAAAGCAGGGAGAAAGGCCGCGAUCUCCUUCCCAACGAUGGCGGACGCACAGCAGAGCAACAAGGCCCAUAGGGCCAGCCGCAUGAAAGACAAGGCCCAAAAGGAACAGAAUCGUCAUGCCGGCGGCUUCAACCCGAGGGCCUAUGUCUCUGCACACCCAAGAGUGGCGGACAAGCAGAUCAGAAGAAAUGCAGAGCGAGACCAGCAGAGACUCCAUGUUCCCCUCGUUAAUAGGACCGACGAAGAAGAGGCACCGCCGGUCAUUGUCGCCAUCGUCGGACCGGAGGGCGUGGGCAAGACCACGCUCAUGAGAAGCUUGAUUCGCAAAUUCAGCAAACAUACCCUGACUGACAUUCGAGGCCCCGUCACGGUCGUCAGCGGCAAACGACGACGACUGACAUUCAUCGAAUGCAACAACGACAUCAACUCGAUGAUUGACAUUGGCAAGAUCGCAGAUCUGGUCCUUCUGAUGAUCGACGGGAGCUUUGGCUUCGAGAUGGAACAAAUGGAAUUUCUCAACGUCCUCCAGGCCCACGGCUUUCCAAAGAUCAUUGGCGUUCUGACCCACUUGGACCUGAUCAAGAAGAGCAAGACGCUUCGUGCCACGAAGAAGAGGCUCAAGUCCCGAUUCUGGACAGAGAUAUAUCAAGGUGCCAAGCUCUUCUAUCUAUCGGGUAUCAUCAACGGGCGAUACCCUGACAUCGAAGUGCAGAACCUCUCUCGCUUCAUUGGCGUCAUGAAGUUCAGGCCAUUAAUCUUUCGGAACGCGCAUCCGUAUCUCCUGGCCGAUCGCAUGGAGGACUUGACACCCAAGGAGCAGGUCAGACGGGAUCCAAAGGGAGACAGAAGAGUGACCGUGUAUGGCUAUCUACGUGGAACCAACAUGCGGCACGAUACAAAGGUCCACAUCCCCGGCGUGGGCGACCUCAGCAUCGCCAGCGUUGAGCGCCUCAACGAUCCCUGUGCGCUGCCGACGUCUGACAGCGAGAAGCGGAGAAAGCUCAGCGACAAGGCAAAAACGAUCCAUGCGCCGAUGAGUGACGUCGGUGGUGUCAUGUUCGACAAGGAUGCCGUCUAUAUCAACGUCCCUGGUCAUUUCUCGAAGAAUGGCAACGAGGAAGGCGGGACAGGCACGGAUGGAGACGCAAGUCGUGGCGAGGGCGAGCGCAUGGUGCUUGGUCUCCAAGAUGCGCGUAAUACCCUCGAUGAGGGAGUUCAACGCGGCGAAAUGAGGCUCUUUUCCGACGAAGCGAGACCUCUCUCACUGGAUGAGGUGGUCAAGAGGAAGCAGAGGGAGAGAAAAGCAGCAUUCGAUGAUAUUCAAGCGGCCGAGCGAGAAAGCGAAGACGAUGAUGAGGACAUAGACGAUGACGAUGAAGAGGACAAUGACGACGACGACGAAGACAGUGACGAUGAAGAAGCCCAGGCCCGGGAGGAAGAGCUCGGAGCCGGAGAUGAGGAAAGAAGUGACGGCGAGAUUGCAUUUGCCGACAGCGAUUCCGAUAUGGGCCACCAAGGCGAGGAUAGCGACGACGAUGACGAUGACGAUGACGACGUGGCUGGUGAUAAUACAUGGAAGCGAGAUCUUGCCGCCCAGGCCGAGCAAACAGUUCUCGACAAUCGUCGUCGAAAAGCUCCGGAUCUCAUGCGUCUCAUCUACCAUUCGGAUCAAAGCCCAGAGGAAAUUGUGGCAGGGCAUGAUGGUAGGACCAAGCUCAAAAAGGCCAUUUUGGGAGACGAGGAGGACGAUGAAGGCGAUUUCUUUCAAUUGGCGGAUGAGGAUGACCGCGAUGCAGGUCCGGAUGAUGAAGAUCUUCAGGAUUUCAGCAAGCCGCGAUACAGUGACGAGGAAUUGAAGAGGUGGGAUGACGAAAGACAGCUAGAUUCGAUUCGACACCUUUUCAUUACUGGAGCCGAAGAUGAAGAGGAGGAAGGCGAUGAACAGCGAGUCGACGAAGGUUUUAAGGGGUUUUCAGACGACGACGAUGAUAACGAGGGAGAAGGAGAAGACGAGAGAAAAGAGGAGGAUGGCGAAGCAGCCCAGGCUGAAGCUCUAGCGAAGAAGAAGGCUGCCCUGAAGCGCCGCUUCGACGAGCAGUACGAUGAUCCCGAUGAGGCGAUGCAGGGUGAUUGGUACGAUGAGCAGAAGGCGGAGCUGGCCAAGCAAGCUGAGGCCAACCGCGCGGCCUUCGAGGAUGAUGACGAGGAGACGAGGAGACUGGUCGAGGGAUUCCGACCUGGAGCAUAUGUCCGCAUGGAGCUGGCAAAAGUGCCUUGCGAGAUGGUUGACAAUUUCGAUCCCCGCUAUCCACUCAUCGUCGGCGGGCUUUUGGCAUCGGAGGAGCAGAUGGGCUACGUGCAGGUUCGCAUCAAGAAGCAUAGAUGGCACCAUCGCAUCCUCAAGACCAACGACCCCUUGGUGUUCAGCAUUGGUUGGAGGCGUUUCCAGUCUGUGCCGGUCUACAGCCUCGAUGAUGGGACCCGGAAUAGGAUGCUCAAGUAUACGCCUGAGCAUAUGCACUGCUUGGCCACCUUUUGGGCCCCUGCCGCACGGCCCAAUACAGGAUUCUGUGCCUUCAAUACCCUGGACGACGAGACGCCUCGCUUCCGAGUGUCGGCUACGGGUACCGUUCUCGACGUCGACGCAGGAUCAGGCGCUCACAAGAUUGUCAAGAAGCUCAAGCUGACGGGCACGCCUGCGAAAGUGUACAAGAACACGGCGUUCAUCAAGGACAUGUUCAACAGCCGUCUCGAGAUUGCUCGCUUCGAAGGCGCCCACAUCAAAACAGUCAGUGGUAUCCGAGGUAUGGUGAAGAAAGCGCUGGCCAAACCAGAGGGACACUUCCGUGCCACCUUUGAAGACAAGGUUCUGAUGAGCGAUAUCGUCUUCCUACGGUGUUGGUACAGCAUUGAGCCGCGACGCUUCUACAACCCGGUCACAUCGCUCCUGCUGUCAACACAGAACCGACAGCAAUGGAAGGGCAUGCGGCUGACUGGCACGGUGCGAAAGGAGGAAGCCAUCAAGACGCCAAAUCGGGUCAACAGCAUCUACAAGCCUGUUCAAAGAGCAGAAGUACGCAAGUUUAACAAGCUCAAGAUUCCCAAAUCGCUCCAGGCGCAAUUGCCAUACGCGAGCAAGAUCAAGAACGAGACCAAAAAGAGCAAAAAGAGCUACCUGGACCAACGUGCUGUCGUCAUGGAGAAGGAGGAGCGGGAGGCGGUGGCGCUGCUGCAGCAGAUGCGUGCCGUGCAAAGGGAGAAAGAGGACAAGAGAAAGGCCAAGAAGCAGGAUGCCAGAAAGAAGCAUAUGGAGACAGUGGAAAAGGAAGAGGCGAUCAAGAAGGACAAGAGAAAGGCGGCCCUCGCAGACGUCUACCGCGCCCAGGGCCAACGCGAGGCCAAGAAACAGAAGACUCAGUAGCUGCUUGCCAUACAAGAUUGUGUAAUUUUAGCAUCUUUCCCCACCUUUGGCGAUG